UACGAUUGGUUCUCAAAACCAUCACUCUAUAUUCGGACUUUUUGUUGAGUUGCAGUCGAUAUGGACUUGGCUGGAAGUCCUCGGGAUUUAGUAGAGAGCAGUCUACAUUGAUCUGGCUGUUUGUAGUAUAUUAUUUUAGAAUAAUAUUUUAAAACACGCGUGUUUGUAUAUAGUGUUUUUAUACAUAGUUUUAUUAUUGUUUUUUUUUUGUUUAUAAACCAGAACUGUAACAUGGAACUUAAUUCUCUUUCAAUUCUCCUGGAGGCUGCGGAAUACUUGGAAAGAAGAGACCGGGAAGCAGAACAUGGUUACGCAUCGGUCUUGCCGUACGAUAGCGACUUUUCCAGGAAGAAAACGAAAACUUCACCAAUUUCAAGAAAACCUCAGAACAACAGGUCGUCGCACAACGAACUGGAGAAGCACCGACGGGCCAAACUGCGGCUGUACCUGGAGGAGCUGAAGCAGCUGGUGCCUCUGGGCCCGGAGAGCAACAGACACACCACCCUCAGCCUGCUGAAGAGGGCCAAAACGCACAUAAAGAAGCUGGAGGAGCAGGACCGGAAGGCGCUAAACGUGAAGGAGCAGCUGCAGCGGGAACAUCGCUACCUCAAACGGCGCCUGGAGCAGCUGUCCUCCUCCUCGCUGGAGCGCGUCCGCACCGACAGCAUGGGCUCGGCCAUCUCCACCGACUCUGAGCAAGACGUGGAUAUCGAGGGCAUGGAGUUCACUCCUGGGGAAGCGGACAGCUUGGGCAGCUUGAGUGACGGAGAGGGGAGCUACAGCCUGCAGGGGAGCUCCAGCGACGGCAGCUACAAUCACUCCCUGUGCUAGGCCCCGCCCCCUGUGGCAGGCCCCGCCCCCCACCGGGCUCCACCCCCCACCCAGACAGCCAUGCCAUUCCACAAGCCAAGACUGCCACUCUCUUCCAGGAAGCAGAACCACAAAGCCGUUCUUCAUGGCUUCCUCUUCUAUCCGCCCCCCCCUCGGCGAGCCGCUACCACAGACCCCCUCAGCCCAGCGGCUCUUGGUUUCGCUGGCUUUCCUCUGCGGUGAGCAGCACAGCUGUGACCUGUCGAUGGGAACCAGGUGUGUCUGUGGUCUGUGUCAUGUGGCUCCUCUGUGUGUGCGUGUGUGUGUGUGUGUGUGUGUGUGUUGGCACCUCCCAGCGACGGCACGUCAGCCGAACGCGAGCAGGACGGCAGACGGCUGAUUCAGAAAAAGUGCUAGCGCUUUUCUGUUUCCAUUUUGGCUCCGAUUCCAGGAGGUGAGAUCUUCUGUUUCGCCGUCGUAAAAGCACUUAAAGAUCGUUCGGCGCUGGAGCCGCCGUCCGCACGCGCGCUAAACUCUACCGCUGCCCAAGUUAUCGGGGUUCCCCUCUGGACAAAAACUAGGCCUGACCAGUCUUGGCCAGCAUGGCUACACAAGGUCAGUAGCGUGUGAUGUAGCAUUGCGUAUAAAGAGGGAGCUCUGCUCUCCCUCAGCAUUAAAACCCUUCUGGGGGUCAAAGCUAAUGGAAGCCAGAGCCCAGACCAGAUUCCACCAAUAAGACUGGAGCGACUCUCCUGUGUGUGUGUGCGUGCGUGCGUGCGUGCAUGUUGGUUCACAUUGACAUGUCAUUUCUGUACAAAAAAAAAGGACAAAAUCCACACAGAAAAAAACUGUUUCAGCAGCUGUUAUGCAGAGGUCUUCUGUGAGUAGCAGUGUACCUGUUGCUUGGGGUGUCCCUGUUUUAGUCCAGUCUUAGUACAUGCCUGUCUUUCUUCAUUCGGCUCUUCUUAUAGGCAAUGUCUCUCUCUCUCUCUCUCUUGCUCUUCCUCUUCCUCAGCUCUGCUUAAAAGAUUGUACUUAAAAAAGAAAAAAAAAAAACAGACCAAAUUGCAGCAGAUUCUGGACAUUGUAGUCCAGCGGAUUCUGGGAAUUGUAGUCCAGAGUGUGUGCGGGUGUGUAGUCCUCCGCAGGAUCGGGUCGUUUGUUACACCCCCGCUGUACAGGCGGAGUAGGCGUGUCUUUGCGCCCGCAGUGUGUGACUGACAGCUCGGUUCUGCCUCCGCUACCCACACAAUAGAGCACGGCCUGGCAGCACUUUAAAAACCAGCGGUCUGCUGAAGGUCGUCUUGCGCCAAAAACAAAAAUGAAAAGGAAAAAAAACGACAAAAACUAUGAAAACCUCUAUACAAAAAAAAGCUAUGAAACACUUAUAGACUACAUUGCUUUAUCUAUAUUUCUUGUUUUAUAUUUUGUACUAUAUUUUCUUAAAUGUUCUCUUGUGAAAGAAGAAAAGAGUAUAUGUGUGUAAAAGUAUGAGGAGACCGGAGGCCAGGGCUGCAGACCGUCUCUGGGGCUCUCCCUCUGUCCUCCUGUGCCUUGGGGAGCCUCAUUUACUGUUGCCAUGACUCCCUACCUCGGCCCCUCCUGCCCAACCCCCCCCCCCCGCCCCCCAACCAGGUCUUGCCCCACCAGUGAAUCCUCUACCCCCGCCGCGACCCUGGACCCCUGUGAGUGCAGACGUUUACCCCGCUGUGUCCGCUCCUGUUAGCGGGGGCACGCGAAGACCAACAGAUGCCCCCGCAACCCCCCCAACCCCACCCGCCAUUUUAAAAGUGUCCUGUGUGUUCAACCGUGCACGCAAGUCCUAUAGCGCACUGACCUAUCCUGUAGGACGUUUGAAAAAGGGCCUUGCUGUGUAACUCUGCUCACACUGGUAAUCCCACGGCAGCUCUCCAUCAUCUGGGGUUACCAUUCCACGUUCUUUCAUUCAGAAGGGUGUUUCUGUGUUGGGGGGGUUUUUUAAAUUUUAUUUCCUCGUUUGUUCAUUUUGAAUUGAAGAGGAAUUGUGUGUGAGAGGAGUUAAAUCCACUCGAAAAUGGCAGCUGGUGAUUUUAUCCUCUCCACCGUAGUGUUGGUGUGUGCCCACAGCCUCUUGGAAUACCUUGCAUAUUUGGCGGCAAGACAGCAAUACUGAGAUAUCGCGUGCUGUUUUUACUUUUCUUUUUCUCAAAAGGAGAAAGGAUUACCUUUAACUCCUCGGUGUAUCUUGUGACCAACUCUUUACAAGUCCUGUGUGCUGUUUGCUUUUUUCCUACUGAACAAAAAGUAGAGAAAGUUUAAAAAAAAAAAGAAAUGUUUGUGGAGUAACACUCGUUUUGACAUUUAACUGUUAAUAGCACAAAUGUACGUACGAUUUCAGCGUGUGGGUAACAUGAACAACCAGGUGACUUGGCAAAGAAACUCUCGCACAGAACCUCCCUACGCAACACGCAUUGAAGACCAGCUGAAGGGUGGCGGCGGGGCAGUUUCGGGGAUUCCUUUGCUUCUUAUAACAAGAGCGAGCACACAUUCCACAGCUAGGUGCGGGUGCGGGACGUACCUCUCCCGCGCCCGUACCGCUGUCCUUUACCGGUCUCCAGGGUCACGAAAAGAGCUGGAUGUCGGGUGUAGAAGCCUGAGGCCUUUCUGCAGAGCAAUACUGAAACGUUACCUGACGACGUUUUUUGGCUGACAAUCUGUGAUAUUAAAGAUAUGAGGUCACCUAAUCAGGCGGGGGGGGGAUCACUAAGGGCGUUUGCUGUGAAGGACGUACUGUCCCCCCCCCCCAGCUUUGUCAUUCCACAGCUCAGGAGUCCUCCUCAUUCACGCGGUGGCUAAGCGGCGACAGUCGCGUCGAUCCGAAGCUACGGAUCGGCGAUUACGUCGCCUUAAAGACCCAGGAGAAU